GUACCAUAUUGUGUGGUUUUGUGGCGCUACGUAGUGGUUAACAAUAAAACUUAUUAAUUGUUGGUUUACGAUCAAGUCAUGCUUACCGAGAAGAUGUAACGCGAACUUUAAAAAUUAAAGUAGAUGGUAUAUUCCGAAGUGAAUGUUUGUUUCACAGCUAUUUUCUUGACAAAUCUAGGUGUUUCGUGGUAUGAUUAUGUGCUUGAAUAAACCGUAUCUACAGCUUCGUGUAACAGCACAGAUGUUUCGGACAUGACGAUCGGCUGUCAUGAAUGGUGGAAGAAGGACGGUGCGACCGAGCAGGAUAAUAGAAUUGAUGAAUCGCCAGAUCAGUAGUAAUGAGAGUGACAGUCAAGAACAACACAAUCAUGUGCCUUACAUUACAACUGCAGAUGACAGAACAGUUGAUGAAGCACUCACAUUGGUUGAUGUAUAUGAUAUUCCUAAAUUUUCAGCAAGCCAGGAAUCUUGCGUUCUAGAAGAUUUUUCUCUGGAUUCUGGCGAAGAGAAAGAAUAUCAACAUAAUGCUCAAAUUACUAAACAGUGUGAAGGACCUUCACACAUGCCUCAAAAAUCACCAGUGCAUAAGAAAAUAACUAUAAAAAAUAAUAAAAAGUUCUUUCUAAAUGGAGGACGAAAGGGAAGAUGGAAGAAGAAGAAGAAGAAGAGAAAAUGCAGGGUUACAAUUUGCACAGAAAAUUGCAAAUACGAGGUGGUUCGGCAAGUAGCUAUGAAGCUAGGAAUUCGGGAUGUAGGGGAAGAUGACUCUUGGAAUGUAUACUGGACCGAUCUAUCUGUAACAGUUGAAAAAGCCAAAGAAAUGAAGCGAUUCCAGAAAAUUAAUCAUUUCCCAGGCAUGUUGGAGAUUUGUCGUAAGGAUCUGCUGGCUCGCAAUCUUAACCGCAUGCUUAAAAUGUUCCCAAAUGAAUAUAAUUUCUUCCCUAAAACAUGGUGUCUUCCAGCUGAUUACAGAGAAUUGGUAGCACAUGCACAAAGUAAAAGAAACCGAACAUAUAUCUGUAAACCAGAAACCGGGAGUCAAGGGAGAGGCAUUUAUGUCACAAAACACGUAAAAGAAAUUAAACCACAGGAUAAAUUAGUUUGCCAAGUUUAUAUUUCAAAACCAUUUCUUGUGGAUGGUUUCAAGUUUGAUUUGAGACUGUAUGUCUUAAUAACGUCGUGUGAUCCCUUAAGAAUCUAUGUUUACAAUGAAGGACUUGUGAGGUUUGCCACGAGCCGAUACCAAGAACCAUCUGAUACCAACACUAGCAAUGUAUUCAUGCAUCUUACCAAUUAUGCUGUCAACAAAUACAGCCACACUUACGUCGUGGAUGAUAAAGCUGGCAGUAAAAGGAAAAUAUCAACACUCAAUAAUUGGUUGUUGAAGAAGGAUUAUAAUGUCCAUGAGAUGUGGUCAAAUAUUGAUGAUGUGAUAGUGAAGACUGUAAUUGCUGCUCAUCCCACGCUGAAACAUAAUUACCAUGCAUGCUUCCCAGCACAUGACUUCACAUAUGCAUGCUUUGAACUCCUAGGAUUUGACAUCCUUCUAGACUACAAACUUAAACCAUAUAUAUUAGAGGUGAAUCAUUCUCCAAGCUUCCAUACAGAUGCUCAAAUUGAUCAUGAUAUAAAAGAGAGUCUUCUUCAAGAUACGUUUAUUAUCCUGAACCUUGCACAAGCUGACAAGAAGAAAGUGAUAGAAGAGGACCGUAAAAGAGUGCAUGAGAGACUGCUACAUGGCAUUAAUCACAAGGAAAGUGAGCAUGGAAAUAAUGUGAACUCUGGAUCAAGUCCUCAAGAUCAUUGGAAGAUUCAAGUUGCAUGGGAGGAGUCUCACUUGGGGAACUUCCGCUGUAUCUAUCCCUACCUUGGCUUUGAAAGAUAUGAGUGCUACUUUCACCAGAACCAGAGUUCAUUAUUUCAGGACACAGCUGCGUCCAGAGCAAGAGAAGAGUGUGCCCGUAUACAGAGAGAGGAAUUGGAGGCAAAAGCAAAUGCGGCCUCAUGUAAAACUGCAUGGAAAAACAAAGAUUUUGGAAAGUUGCAACCUGAAUCUCCAUUAAAGAGAGAAAAGAAGCCUGUUACAGCAUUGCAGAAAAGGCACAUGCUACUGAAAAAUAAACAUGUUGCAGAAAAGAAGCAGUCUUUUCUUAAUUCAUUUGAACCAUCUCCAAUUAUAGAGUCUGAAGAAAUGUCAAGAAGAAUAGCAAUGGCACAGAGAGACUUCCUAAUGAAAAGCUUUAAGAUCACAGAACAGAUUAUCCGUGCAAUGAAGAGGAAUGGCAAUCUAAGAUUGUUUGAUGAGAAGUUUAAUAUUUGUGGAAAGUUGCCCAAGAUUUUAAAAUCUGAAGAUAAAGACAGUAAUAAACUUCCAUCCAUGUUUCCUAAAUUUGGCAAGCCUCAUUUUCCACCUUGGCUCAGUGGGAACAGUUUCUACAUUAAUUCAAUUCCUCGACCUGUUAAUAAUGAAGGAGCUGUUGCACCAACUUCCACAGACAGAAUGCAGCACAUAAAUUCUUCCAGCCAACUUCAACCGUUAGGAGGUCUGAGCAUUACAUGCAGCAAUGCUCCAAUAUUUAUGCGCCCACACAUUCGUGACACGUGGCUAGAGAAAGAUAUUCGAUUUACCAAAACUCAUGUGGCACGUUCUAUUACGAACACAUACAAACUCAAAGAACUGGAGAAGAGGGAACAACAGUGCCAUGUUGAGAAUGAGAGUUGGAGCUGAAUUGUGGUUUGAACCAUUUCUUGCAAUAGCAGUGGUUUGAUUCGAGAUAGCUAUGUACUUGUACUGUGCCUUUCCAUAAUACAGUUAUGCACCAACAGCUA